GCGCCUGACAAGUAGUGAAAGGUCUGGCUACGCGAGACUACCUCACAUCCCCGAACAUCCCGGAACUGUUAGACUACUGCAAAAGAAAUCGACGUUCGUACUGUUUGUACAUUGUACUAGGUAAGUUAGACAUACAAAUUUACGUACAGUACACACCACGGUUCGAUAGCACGACGUUGAGUGACUUCGGAAGACCUACAACUAAAUGCCAUGUGAUCAUCGAGUAUGUGUUUGCUCAGUGCUGCAUUUAUCCGUAGGAAUGGCCUACGGAAUCCGUAGGCAAGUAUGAAGGCCAUUUUACCGUAGCCUACGGUAAAAUCCGUAGGAGUGGCAGCCCAGCGUUCAGUGGAGAGUUCAGUGCAAAGCACAUUGUUUAAUUACCGGUCUACGGCGCAUUCACUUACGAGGAAAUCACCAGCAGAAGUUAUGUUGGGCCGAAAGCUUCGGCAGCCCUUAUCCCAGAUGAUUCCUAGGCAAGAUAAGAAGGGAUCACUUCAGCUGAAGAAUGCGGACGAGGUCGUGGCAAGGAAACAGGCAGCGAUGAAGGCAUAUGUAGAUCAUAAAAGGAGAGCUAGAGCCUCGUCCUUUUCUCCUGGAAGUUGGGUAAGAGUAAAGCGUCCGCUAAGAGGCCAUAAGUUGAAGUCGCAAUUGUCCGAUCCAGUAGAAGUCUGGUCAAGGGUAGGGAAGGACACUUACCUGCUACAAGAUGGACGUCUGUGGCAUGCUGACCAAUUAAUUGCUGUGGCGAAGCCAGCUGGUGUUGCAAAUACAGCUGCAGUACUCAGCUGGACUGAUGGGGAAGAGGAGAUCUCAGAAGACAUGACAGGAAAUCAACACGAUGGGGGAAAUGUCGAAGUCGAAGGAGAGGCAGCAAGUGAUGCAGGCACUGCCCAUGAUCAUGAAAAUGAGACAGAAACAACAAGGCCAAAACGAGUGAGGACAAGGCCCAAACGCUUCGAAGAUUUUGAGGUGGAAUAUGCAACUCGAUUAGAAGGGGGAGAAAAUGUUGUGUCACAGUGUUUGUAGAUGCUUGCUAGCAUACGGGAACUGGGGUUUUGCGGUAGAUAAAGGAUGACUGAACCGGUGUUUGAGUCAGUGUUAGAGUAGCGGCCGUUAACGUGUGUUGAAUAGUACAUUGAGUGAAUACACGACAAACGUGAAAUGUGAGAGACAAAUACUCGGACAUCCGGGAUCAUAUCUCGGUCAGUCGCUUUCAUCGCGUUUCUACAAGACGAAUUGAGACGGUAGUCAUGGCUGUUGAAAGGUUCGCUUUGGAUGUUAUGCCACGGAAUAGCCGGUUUUGUCUCUUCAGUUUUUACUGUUACAGGCGGUGAGAAAGGUAAUGGCGUACGGGACAUAAUCUCGGUCACGCGAUUUUGAGAAAGACGGGUUCCUGAGUAGGGUGUAUUGUGUGAUUUUUAGUCUACUGUUGUUCUAGAGCUAUAUUGUCACGAAUGUGUGUCUUUAACUUACUAUUUUUGGCACUUCAAACUUGCAACGUGAUGACUCUGAAUUUUCACGUUUUGUUGGCAGUUAACCAGAGAGUAUUCCUACCUGUUUCUACAUUCUUGACGGGCAGAUGUAAUGAUUCUUUAUCUUGGAUGGGAUGAUUGAUGAUUUUAUCAAGUAGAAUUGCACACAAACUGCUUUUUACUUUUAUCCUCAGGAGAGUUAUGCUGAGAACUUAUGAAAAUGGUGACAUGUUGCCAAAGAGAGAACAAUCUUUCUCAUGACACAGUUCUGAGUCUGAGACAGUUAUGAUAAUUAUUCCAGUGAAGAUAUCCAACCAACCUUCUGUGUAUAGAAUCAGCUAAUUAGCUAAGCAGUGCAUGUUGUUGAUACUAACUGAUGUAGCUAAAAUCUUACAAUCAACAAGAUCGUAGUACAUACACAGUUUACAAGUAUGCAGAGUCCUGGCAUACUCUUGUGACAUUCAACUUGUGCCACAAUGGAAUCAAAGUUUAUCUCCAUGAUCAUCAAUCUAUCACUCACAAAAUUUGAUAAUUAGCACUAAACCACAUGUACUAAAUAAAGGUUAUCUUAAUUAUUAUUGAAAAACAUAGUUUAGACAGGACAACUAACAGUCUAGUUACUAGAAUCUGCUAUAGUUCUACAAAUUCACUACAAAACACUUUCAAUCAGCCUUAGUCGACUAUUACCGUAUGUACAAUGCCCAAUGAAGGUAAGACCACUUACCUGAAAGCUGUAGAACCCAACAACUGCGCUCAUACUGUGACCGACAUUAGGUCCUGUUCAUCUUUUUACUGGGAUUCUUUCGUUCGAACGGGACUGGGAAGAAUCUUUCGUCCCAAUGGGAUUUUCAUGUUUUUCGUCUUCGGUUGAGACGUUGAACUUUCUGAAUGCAAUACAUACACAUUUCGCUCACUUUUACACAGUCUGCAAAGUCUAGUCGUUUUCAGAAACGACGUAGAACUCCUAUGAACCCAAGACAAGUUUGCCUUGGUAAAAUUUUGACGUUAGACGUUAUCUACUAAACCUAAAAAUUGCCUGCGCUGUUAUGGAAACCACUUAAAAUGCUUUUGAGAGUCAGAAAAGCAAAUCAAAGUUUGACGGCCCUGUCAACCAGACCGUACUCGCGCAUCUCGACGGGUAGAUUCGACGCUUUCAUGUUCACGUCUUACGUCUGCCGAUGCUGAAAAUGAAAUGACACUACUUUUCACAAUAGAAGCAACCCAUUCAGUACUUUGAAACAGCUCUAGAUCGGUCGGAAAUGUCGAAAUCCCGUUCAGACGAAUUCGUUCGAAUGGGAUUUUGCUAUCUAGCGUGAUCUUUUGCGCGCAAAACACGACAAAACGUUAGACGAUAAACGUAUAAAAUCACGGCAUUGCUGUCACGAUGGCCAUUGAAGCUUGGAGACGUCAAGAAACGCAAGGUUAGAUUCGGUUGUCCUUGCCGACCAGACCGCACUCGCGCCUUUCGACGACUUAUUCGCCGUUUCAUGCUCUCGCCUUACGUCUGCCGAUGCUGAAAAUGUAAUGUCAAUACUUUUCACAAUAGAAGCAACUCAUUCAGUACUUUGAAACAGCUCUGGAUCGGUCGGAAAUGUCGAAAUCCCGUUCAGACGAAUUCGUUCGAAUGGGAUUUUGCUAUCUAGCGUGAUCUUUUGCGCGUAAAACACGACAAAACGUUAGACGCUAAACGUAUCAAAUCACGGCAUUGCUUUCACGA